AAGCCUGGUAAAGUUUUCAGCUCCAGUCUUGUGAUUCUGUGUCGCGUAGAUGAUCUGAUAUGGGCGGGACUUUAGCGGUCACGGGAGAUAAACACUCGCAGGACUCCACACUCGGUUUUCGACGCCGAAACUUCCAAUGAGGGUGAAGCAGAUUGUCUUUGGGAGCCACAGACUGCGAGUGCGCGGCACUGUCUCUUUAAACGCGCCUGGUGUGAAAAGUUCAGUCAAGAAGGCUGUGCGGAGGAGGGUUCUGCGCGGUUUGAUGCAGAGAUCGGCGUCUGAUAUCGCGAGCGCAGUGCAGCAGAUGGCUGGCGAAGGCGGCGAGGCCAAGCGUCUUCCAAAGAGACCGUUUCACGGCGAAGUAGAGGAGAACUCCAGCGCGACCAUGAAUGAAAACGUCAAAAUUAAGCCCGGGAAAAAGACUCCGGGUGAACGGCGCGGUAAGGAGAACUCUGCCGCUAAGUGCACUGCUUUGACAAGCGGCUCUGCAGAGGCGAAGAUGGACCAGACCGUAAUUCACAGUCCCCAAACGCCAGAGGACCCGAGCAUUUUCUUCGACGAGGACAGCAAUCACAUUUUCCCAGUGGAGCAGUUCUUUGGGAACAUGGAUGUUGUUCAGGAUUCCCCAAGCAGAACCCCAGGAAGCAAGAGAAUGAGUCGAAGAGAGUACAGGAGCAUGCAUUACUAUGCCAAAGAGGACAGUGAAGACGAGCAGCUAUGAGGACACAAUUCCUCUCACAGUCACUCAAUCUGUCUGCCACUGACAGGGAAGGAGUUUUAUGCUGGUAAAAUGGACUUGAUUGUUUUAAAGCAAGCUAUUUUAUUCCAAAAGCCUUCUUAACGUUUGAGCUACACUGAGAUGCAUGGUGUUGAUUUAUCAGUUUUAAUGAGGUACAUCAACUAGGGCAAAAAUAUUAGUGCAUCCCUAAUUAUAAACUUAGGAACAUUUAUAUAUGUGCCACACUAAACGAAUGUACAUUAAGAGGGUUUUGUGCGAGCUAAAACCAUUGUUAUUGGGGUUUGUGCUGAAAGAAAGCUAUAAUUUCUAGAACUUUCUGUACACUGGGUUUUCUACCACUAGUCCUUAUUAAUGUGCUCUGAAAUCAACAAAUACAGUUUUAUCAGUCAAGUGCCUCAAAUUUGCUGUUUAGACUUUGAAAGCAAUUUGAACAUUUGCUUGGACAUUAUGAAUUUGGCACUUUUAAACAUUCUCUGUUGAGAAUGAAUAGAUUUGUUUUGGAAAAAAAAACACUUAAUACUUCAGAUUUGGUGCUGUAUAAAUCAAAAUUAAAGCAUGUAGCUAUUUUGUUCUUUGAUAUGUUUAUGAUGUAAAGAUCUUUAUAUUGGUUAGUAUCUCAGAUUAAGAGGCUUUUAUUGUAAGAUAUGAAAAGUUGUCAUUUUAAACCAACAAUUUCAAACUGUAUUAUGCAUGUGGCUUCACCAGAAAUUUGAUUUGUCUGUAUAUGAUGAUAUUUGUAUAAUCUUAUUGAACAGAAUUUGCACUAACUUCACGAGUGGCUCAAAGAUGUAACAUUUUAAAAUGCAGUUUCUCUUCUACUCUGUACAAAUUAUAUGAGGUAAAAAUUGUAGAAAGUUUAUAUUUUUCUAUUGAAGUGAUAAACCAAGUGCAAAUUUUGUAUUUUUUUUUUUGCUACCAAAUGCUUUGUAUGUAUAUGACAUACAAUUUUUGUGAACAUAUUUAAUGGCAAAUCAUCUGUGUAUUAUCAUGUGAAAGCUACAAUACUCCGUCCAGAGAAAAUAAACCUCAUUAACAGCU